AUGGGAUUUCAGGACCUUCUGCAUCAAGCUGGUGGUCAGGGAAGAUUCCAGAUCCUUCAGAUUGCUUUUCUUGUUACUUCCAAUAUGAUAGUGUUCAUGCAUACUGUGUUGGAGAACUUUACUGCUGCCAUUCCUGGCCAUCGCUGCUGGGUCUAUAUUCUUGACAACGUCACCGUCUCUGAUAAUGGCACUGGGACCUUCAGUCACGAAGCCCUCCUGAGAAUCUCUAUCCCACUGGACUCAAACCUGAAGCCAGAGAACUGCCAUCGCUUCCUCCACCCCCAGUGGCAGCUCCUUCACUUGAAUGGGGCUUCCCACAACACAAGUGAGCUAGACACAGAGCCCUGUGUGGAUGGUUGGGUGUAUGAUAAGAGCAUCUUCCCUUCAACCAUUGUGACAAAGUGGGACCUGGUAUGUGGAUCCAAAUCACUGAGAUCAGUGGUUCAGUUCCUCUUCAUGGUUGGGACUCUGGUAGGAGGCCUCGUAUUUGGCCAUCUCUCAGAUAGCUUUUCUAAGUGUACGGUCCUGGCAUCCAAGAGAGGCACUGUCAAAGCUGCUUUAGGAUUCAACGCCAUUGAAGAUGCCCAGUGCCUGAGGAAGGCCAUGAAAGGGCUCCGCACCUACAAAUAUGGCAUCAUUAAUGUUCGAGCCUACCACAACACCGCCCAGAGCCAGGAAGCCAGGACAGCCUACAAGACCAACGUCGGCAGGGACCUGUUACACGCCUUGAAGUCAGAACUGAGUGGCAACUUUGAGCAAGUAAUCCUGGGGAUGAUGGUGCCCACUGUGCUUGGUCCUCCUCCAGCCAAUCUGAUGGCAACUGAUAAAGGUUUGUUGUUGCAGGUUUUGAAAUCCACCAUGGAGGAGGAACUGCAGGCAGCACAGAUCAAACCUUCUCUGAGCGACUUGUUCUCCUCUCGCAUCCUGAGAAAAUGGAUCUGCCUCACAUCUUUUGUGAAAUUUUCAGUCACUAUAGCCAUUUUUGGCCUGUUGUUCAACCUUCAGCACCUGGGAAACAACGUUUUCCUGUUCCAAGUUCUUUUUGGUGUAGUUUCCCUUGCAGUCCGAGGUCCGGCACUUUUGACAAUAAAACAUAUUGGCCGUCAAGGAAGCCAGAUGGUUUUCAUGUUCCUGUUGGGUACUUCUAUUCUGGUCAUUAUAUUUGUGCCUCAAGAAAUGCAGACCUUCCGUGUGAUCUUGGCAAUCUUGGGAAUUGGCGCUGCUUCUGCCAGCAGCACUUGUGCCAGCAUUCACUUCAGUGAACUCUUCCCCACGCUCAUCAGGGCAAGAACUUCAGGAAUCAAUUUAAUGGCCAGCAGUACUGGGGCAGCCCUGUCUCCUCUUGUGAUGAUUCUGGCGAUGUAUUCUGCUCCCCUGCCCUGGAUCAUCUAUGGCGUCUUCCCCAUCCUGUCUUUUUUUGUUGUUUUUCUCAUCCCUGAAACUAAGAAUAAGCCUCUUCAUGACACCAUCCAGGAGGUGGAAAAUGAGAGAAAAGUCUCAAGAAAAGCAAAGGAAAAGACUUGCAUAAAAGUGACACCGCUUUAA